CGUCAUAUUGGUUGCUAGAAGCAGGAGCGACCACGGCAGAAAAAGAAGACCCCCACCAUGACGAGGAACGGGCUUCUGCGGCACCGAAAGACCAUUUUAGGAUUUAAAUUAUUUGACUAGUAUUUUUUAAAGACUAUAUAUUUAAAACGAUCCGGGAUGGUACCGCCAGGGAUCCGUUCAGCGCUUUCAUCCGUCGCCGUGGUCCGUGAGGGGGAUCUAUGCCUGACUUCUCUUAAUAGCCAUUUUUUGCAGACAAAGAGCGCUGUUGAAUAGGGCUUUCACAAGGAAAGCGGGUCCCAGGGGCUCCCAUUGAUGAAGAAAACGGGCAACAUGUGGAGCAACCUGAAGAGCAGAUGCCAGACACUGUUCCACAACAGCAGUUCAGGACCCAGUGAGAGCCGGGUGGAGGAAGAAACCGUCCACUGUGUGGUGGAUCUCAGUCAAGCAGGUAGCUCAGGUGAGGCUCAGGCGUCAGGAUCCUCCAGCCCGUCACGGAGCCUCCUACCAGUGCCAAUGGUGACAGUAGGACGCCGCCAUCACAACUGUGUGUCGGACAGCCCGCAGAUCGUAGAGAUUACGAUCGACAAGGACACCGAGGAUGGGCGGGGCGGGGCGGGCGGUGUGCCCCUUGCUCGGAGGGACUCCUAUUCACGUCAUGCUCCAUGGGGGGGCAAGAAGAAACACUCAUGUUCCACCAAAACCCAGAGCUCUUUGGAGGCUGACAGGCGGUCUGGGCGCUUACGAGCAAGCGGGAACCGGAGGGACAGGCGUUACGGGGUCAGCUCCAUCCAGGAGAUGAGCGAUUCUGUAUCUGGAGGACGCAGUCUGAAUGCCCGUUCAUUGCGCCAGCGGCUAAGUGACACAGUCGGCCUGUGCUUACCUCUGCCUGCUCGUAGGCGCUCCCGCUCUUCAAAGAACCCUGUCACUUCCAAACGAAAGAUUCAUCUAACGGAGCUCAUGCUAGAGACCUGCCCCUUCCCAACCGGAUCAGACCUCGCUCACAAGUGGCACUUGAUCAAACAGCACACGGCACCGGUCAGCCCGCAUUCCUCCACUGCACUUCUGGAUGCUUUUGACCCAGCCUACCCCUCUCCAGAAGAUGAGGAGGAACGUCUGCGUGAGCGUCGCCGACUCAGCAUAGAGGAAGGUGUGGACCCACCACCUAAUGCACAGAUCCAUACUCUGGAGGCCUCGGUGUCGGGCUCCUCUCUCUACAAACUGGGACCAAAGAUGGCGCCUGGCAUGGGAGAGGCCUCUGGGGAAAGCAGGGCCUCAGGAACUGGGAGUUCUGCAGGUGCCGGGCCAUCGGGGGCCAGUGGACAGGUGUUGGGGGCUGCAGCUGCAGUCCAGGACUGUGACUCUGAGGAGGAUUCUACCACGCUGUGUCUGCAGGCCCGGAGGCCCAAGCAGAGGCACGCUUCAGGGGACGGUCACCUGAGCCGGCAGCAGCCUGGUCCCUGGAAGGUUCACACCCAGAUAGACUACAUCCACUGCCUGGUGCCAGACCUGUUGCAGAUUACAGCUCUGCCCUGCUACUGGGGCGUCAUGGACCGCUACGAGGCCGAGUCACUGCUGGACGGGCGCCCGGAGGGCACCUUCCUGCUGCGUGACUCGGCCCAAGAGGACUACCUCUUCUCUGUCAGCUUCCGCCGUUACAACCGGUCCUUGCACGCACGCAUCGAGCAGUGGAACCACAACUUCAGCUUCGACGCUCACGACCCUUGUGUUUUCCACUCUUCCACCGUCACAGGACUGUUGGAGCACUACAAGGACCCCAGCGCCUGCAUGUUCUUUGAGCCGUUGCUCACAGCGCCUCUCCAUCGGACUUUUCCCUUCGGCCUGCAGCAUCUGGCACGAGCCGCCAUCUGCCGCUGGACCACUUACGAUGGUAUAGGCUCUCUGCCGUUGCCGCCUGCCCUGCAGGACUUCCUCAAGGAGUAUCACUAUAAACAGAAAGUACGAGUCCGCUGGCUGGAGAGGGAACCGCCACUCAAGGUCAAAUAGGGCGGGCUCUCCGUCGCCUGUACACACACUGCAGGAGGAUUACAGAACUUUAGAAAUUCCUCAAUAACCAGUCUGGAGGCUGUCCUGACACAGCUUUCUUUCUGCUGGUGAGGGUGGAAUUUAAAUGUAACAAGCUAUACAAGAUUCAUUCUAAUCUUUGUUUUAGUUAUUACUUACAUCACAGAAAAAUACAUAUGAUUAUAUUCAGUAUAACGCUGUUUGGCAAGCACAUGUUUUGUGUUGAACAGGUUGUUUUGACAGGGAGGUGAGACACAAAUAUCACCGUUUUGUGUCUUUUCUCCCCUGCUCUGUGCUGAACGUCUGCCUGAUCCCACAACGUCGCCCUGCCUGUAGCCCUGCCUGCAUGCCUCCCUCUGUCCAUCCCAGAACUGCUACUUUAGGCCCACAAGGCGUGUGUUGUACAACUCACUGUGCUUUCUCUUUUCUUUCCUUUUUUUUUUUCCCCCCCCUUUGGCUUGUCAAAGCACCUAGUGGAUCACCUUUCCAAGAGAAGGUGUGUGUGCAUGUGUGAAUGUGAGUUGAGAGGGCAUCUGGAGGUGCAAAUGGUAUAUUGCAGUUGGAGCUUUUCCCAUGGAUAGAGCUACAUAAGGCACAUCGUUUUGCCAUCUUGUUGCACGCAUUAGAAUCAGCUGAAGCCGGAGAUGAGCACAGAGUCUGAGAGGGUCCAUAGACUUUAAGGACAGCACAUCAGGGAAAUCAAGUGCUUUCUAAAGACUAUAGAUUAGUCUUUAAAGAACACUACUUCCUCUCUAAGCAGUAACGAGCGGUGAUUUAUAAAUCAUCUUACUUUGUCCUACAUGAGCAAAAUACACUUUGUCAGGUUUCUUCCAACCGUAAGGCUUUGCUUCUGAAAACACAAGGGACAGAUCAUCAGGAAAUGUUUGAGCAAUUCUUGCCAUUGUUACAGAUGUCAAAGCAGCCUGUCAGUCUGUCAGCAGCCACAGACAGUUCAGCUCUGCACACGCAGUUGUGCGUACGGAGGCCAGUUCAGAUCUCGCUGUAUUUGCAGGUUUUGAUAGACUGCUGUUUUUUUUUUUUUCUCUCUCUCUCUCUAUACAUGCACCUUGCAUGUACUAUCCUUAAUCUGGUGGUAUAACGGAUCACACUUUGAUACAGAUCAGAUUCUCCCCCACAACGCCUGAAUCCACAGACGAAUGGCUGUUUUACUUCAUUAGUCUGAAAUUGAGUUUUAAGUGCUGCUGCAAAUGCUCAAAGCAGAGUGUUCAAAGAUCAGACGAAGCAGCCCAUAGCAUCAUUACGACUGUGGACGUAAAAACCCAUGAGUUAGAGCCACAUCAGUUAUUAAAUCGCUCCAUUUUGUUUUAAAAUUAAAAGCCAGAUAAUUUUUAAAAAAGAAUAAAUAAAUCCCAUCCUCUUUUGCUGAUAACACAUCUGAUUUGAAUUGUGAGUAUUGUGAUCUGUUACACUGCAGCUAUAAGCAGGUUGAAUAUAUUUCAUCAGCAGAAUUUUCAAGAUGGGUGCAGCCAACUGUUACCCUGUAGCUUUAAUAAUGAACCCCAACAAGUCUCUUCAGUGGAAGUGUGGGCAUGUGUGACUGAUCAUUGAAGACAAUCAGUGGAAAUUCAGAAUGCCAUCAUCAUCGUCAUCAUCAUCGUCGUCGUCUUUCAGGGUUUGCACCAGUGUGUUGUCAGCCCGGUAGUCCCAUGGAAAAAAAACGUUGAUUUUUAUCAACCGAGGCUCCUUUCAGCCAGAAUUGGGUUCAUAUUGCUUCAAGCCGAGGUCAAUGUUUGUUGGACAUCCAAAAUGGAUGGCUGAUUUGAAGAACAGUUGGUGACUUUGUGAAACAACACCAAACUGAAGCCUUUUGUUGGCUCAUGCAACAAAACUACUAGACCCAACAACAUUUCUGGUGGAAACCCAGACUCUUUAAACACGGUCUGCUGACAGUAGUGGGUUUUCUUAAGAAUUGGAUUUCAGAGACUGGUGUAUUUGUUACUAUGAAGAACUACAACAUCCAUGUUGAAAUUGUAAAUUGUUGCCAGCAAAUCGAGCCCCGAAAAAUCUCAUCAUUGAGCUCUCAAAGAAACAUCUCUUGAGAGCUCGGGAUAUAUAUAUUUAAAAAAAAAAAAAAAAAAAAUCUGGAACCCUGUCAUUUCUCCUC